UCAUCAUGGAUGCCUCAGGAUUGGAUCUCCAAGCUGUUUUUGGGCUGUUACAUGCAGGAUCUGCUCCCAGCGUGAGCAGUGAAGAGCUGGCCAGGAGAGUCUCAUUAUGUUUUAUGAGUCAAGCGGCGUCCGUCACACACACAGACCUCAUGUGCUUGUGUCUCACUCUUACUGAGAGCAUCAUUAGCAGACUGACGGCACAGAGUCUGCCACAAGAUGCCACAAAGUACUAUGAAGAUGUGAUGAGACGGCUGUUUGGAGAAAUGCAUCUGAUGGCAAAACUGGUCUCUCUCCUCAGAUCUGGAGACAAGCUGGUGUCUCAUUUAUCUGGAAAGUGCAUGUCAGUCUAUAUCAUCAAUGACAUUCGCAUCUCUGGAGGCAGCAGCUGGAUGUGGAGACACGCGUGUGCUGAAGUGUUUGAGAAAUCAGUGUCCAGCGGUGAACUGGACUCCUGUCUGUGGUCCCUGACCGCUGUGAUUAAAGCAGUGCUGAGAGGAGACACAGGCCCCAAUCAGAGAGAUGUUUUGACGAAGCUUCUUUUUGGACUGGAUUCCUCCAUCGCUUGCUUGUACACACACCUUCUGAGUCCAGACACACAGGAACCUCACAAAAGAGAACCGGUGAGUCUCUCUAGAAGCAUGUGUGAGUUCUUUGACCUCCUGGAGGUGCUCUGCGCUGCCCGGCUCAGAUACGGAGUCUGUUCUUCAGCUCAGAGAAUCAUGUUCGUUGAGUCGCGAGCGCUGCUUCACGUCGUGAGAGCUGACGUGGAGUAUCUGGUGAAGAAACGAGCGCUGCUUCUUCUGAAGAGAAGUCUUCUGCGGAGAGCCGGGGAGGACUGGGCUUCAGCUGAAGCUCAGUGUGAAUCACGUGAAGAUCCCAGCCUGAUGGAGGACACGCUGAUCAUGGCAGAUAAAGUGUUACAGGAAGUCACUGCAGGCUGGCUGAAGGAAGUCCCUGUGAAGGCUCAAGCCAGUUUCUUUGGAGGGAACUGUGAGGUGAGUCUCCGUGGGACGCAGAAGGACGAUGUGAUUCAGAGAGCCGUGAGCCUGAUUCUGCUGAAGUCAUUGGAAAUACACAUUCAGUCCCCUCCAUGGAAAGGCUCUCAGAGAGACAUUGACGUCUGUGGGUAUUUAACUGAGCUCAUGUCCUUCCUCCAGCGUCACGGGACUCUGGUGUCUCCAGGCGCUCACAGCUGCUCCUGGGUGUCUGUAGUAUUUGCUGAACAGGAUGACGACAUGAUGGAAUCAGCCAAGACUUUGAUUGGAUUGUAUUUAUAUCAGAAAAGUUUGAGCUGCUCAGACUCUGGGGUUUGUGUCUGGGGUUGUAACCCUCACUGUCAUUUCAUACUUCUGCUCCGCUCCCUCUCCUUCGACCACAGCGUGCUGCUUGACUUCCUCAUCUCCUCUGAGACGUGUUUCCUGGAGUACUGCGUCCGCUACCUGAAGCUUCUCCGCGAGGAACAGACGGCCUUCUCUAGCUCUUGUCGUCAUAUUGAAGAUUUUGAUUGUGCUGGAAGAAGAACCGAUCCCGCUUUUCAGGCUCCUUCUGCUGUUUCAGAAAUGCUGGAUGUUGUUCCCUGCACUAGAUCGUCAGCAGGUAAUGAUGUCCCACGACUGGUUGAUUAUGGGAGCUCAGACGAAUCCGAGGAGGCAGAAGAGCGUGUUCCUGGCAGGAAGUCUGGGAAUACUGAGGCAGAUUCUGGUAGGACUCUAUCUGGAAUGGUGCACACUGAACAUGCAUCUGAUUCUCUGCUGGGUAAAGUGUUUGUGUGUCUUGUGGACUUGAGGACCGCUAUGACCAGACUACAUAACAGGGGUCUCUUCCCCUACAACCCUAACUCACUUCUAAAACUGCUAAACAGCAUUGAACCCCAGAGAAACAUGCUUAGUUAGCUUUGACUUAAAGCUAAUGGACAAGAAUAGAUUAAAACUGAUCAGAAAUGUCAACCUGUUAUGACCUCCUCAAUUAAAGCACUGAAUAAACAC